ACGGACGUGCGGUGCCAGGCGACCUUGAUAAUUCACGGCGCCCGAACCGGGUUGGUGGCGACGGAGCGCGAGAGAUCCAUCCAUGGAAAGCCACAUGCCACCGCUGCACCGCGGCAGCAACGCCACCACCACUCCCCGGCACGCACGCGCGCACGCACCGACCUUAUAUAAACCCUCACCGCGCACGUCUCGCCCUCACCGAUCCCACUCCCACGCCACGCUUCGCAUCCUCUUCUUCCCCGCUCCCGCCGCAAACCCUCGGCAUUGCCCGGCCCCGGUCGGCACGCGUUCCCUGGCAUGGAGAGGGGCCGCGGCCACGGCAAGAGCACGCACCCGCCCCCGCUCGCGCCGCCGCGCCGGGCGCGGGCGGAGCGCGGGCGCGCGUCCGGGUCCGGCGCGUCCUUCUCGGCCUCCCUCCUCGACACCAUCUACCGCUCCCUCGACGAUGGCGGCGGCGCCGACGUCGACGCCGCGCGCCGGUCGGAGGAGCAGGCGCUGGCGCCCGCGCCGCCGCAGUUCUGGUGGGCGGGCAAGCCGAAGCAGGCCGCGGGCGCGGGCGCUGACAGGCGCCGCCGCGAGACGGGCCCGGCGGUUCGCCCGCGGCACUCCGGGUACGCGUCGUCCGCCACCUCGUCGUCCGACUCCACCUCCAGCUACAGCUUUUCCUGCUCGUCCGCCUCCACCACCGACACUGAGUCCACGUGCCGCCGGCGCAGCCCGCCCCCGCCGCGCCGCCAGCUGGAGGAGUUCGUCGCCCCGGACAGUGCUGACGUGGCCGCGCCAGUGACGACGCCCGGCGAGAAGGCGAAGAAGAAGGGCAGGCCGUGUUUCCCUGUGGCGAGGCACCGGCCAAGAGACGUUGCGCCGUCCUCGCCCGGGCCGCCGCCGCCGUCGCCGGGGACGUUCGCGUGCGUCCUCAAGGCGCUGUUCACCUCCGGCCGCCUCCCGAGGAAGCCCAGGACCCCGACGCGCGCCACGCCUCCGCGGACGUUGCCGGAGCUACCACAGCCAUCGUGCGUGUCGGCCGCGACGGACGCGAGCAUGGCGGAGAGGAGGUGCGUGAGGUUCUGCUCGGACGCCGAGGCGUCGGCUGUGCGGCGCAGGGUGGAGGAGCUGGUGCGGAGCCUCGGGGAGCUCGAGGAGGACGACGAGGGGAGCGACUCCAGCUCCGAUCUCUUCGAGCUGGAGAGCCUUGGCGGGGCGAACGGCGACGAGCUGCCCGUGUACGGCACCACCAGCCUCGUGGCCAACCGCGCCAUCGCGCACGCCACGGUUUUCUAGCCCUUUCGCAUGCUAAAAAAGGGCAAAAGUUGUAAAAAUUUCGAAGGACCUGAUAACUAAAAUGUUCUUUUUUUGCAAAGAACUAAAAUGUUCUUGUUGCUUGCAUUUCUUCUAGUAAAUCAUGUUUGUAUUAUGUGCAAAAUUUGUCUGAAUUC